GCGUAUCAGGUGUCAACCUCCCCGCCCGCCGCCCAUCCCCCUCCAACUCAGCGAGUCAGCUGGCUGCUGUAAACAAAACACAAGCGUGCCCCUUGCCCUGCCCCACACUCCUUACACUCUCACAACACCAGGACUGCCUCGCCAUGGGUGUCAUCAGGAAGGCCUUCAAUAGGGCACCAGUCAUCAGCUUCAGCGAUGAGUCUAUCAACUCACUUGGAAUUAGCCAGCCCUCCACACCUCCCCCUGAGCCUCAGCCAACAGCAGAGGAGGUCCCGGUGCUUCAAGUCCCGCAGCGACGAGACCCAGCCCAGCUCCUGCAGCGUCUGGAGCAGCACCACCGCAGCCGGCAUGCCGGAGCCCGCCGCAGCAGGAGGGCCAGCAAUGCCCGAGCACUGCAGACAUUGGUGGAGGAUGAGAUGGAGGAUGCCUUGGAGCCUACCAUUGCUGAUUUCCUUCCCAAAGCUGACAAUGCCUUCACCAAACUGCUCACUGACUGCAACAACAUGAGGAUUUGGCAACACUUCAUCACUCGCCCUGAGCAAGAGCAACGGGAGUACCUGGAGAGUGUGGCAACCAAGACACAGGAGAAGGCUGGCCGAAACAGUGUAGGCGGGUUCUCCUUCACCCAAAUAAAUUCAGACACUAUGGAGGAAAAUCUCCCUAAUGCAGAAGGUUUCACAGUGGUGCCACAGAUGAGUGACUGCCGCCACGUUCACCCUGCUUACAGUGAGGCACACAGGUUCUCCAUGAUGGAGGCCCAGCUGCAGUCACUGCUCAAGAAGAAACAUCUCCCUCUGGGAGUUCUAUCAUACCUCGAGGAAGAAAUUGUGGAGGCAUUUGGGAAUGACCCUCUGGCCAUCUACAUCACCUCUGAGCUGAGUAGCUUUGAGCGUCUGCUGCUUCAUGCUCUCUGUCAGUACAACUUGCUCCGCUCUAAAAGCACUACCAUUGCUGGAGUGAGAAGAACCAAGGUGGAAAAUGCCCAUAAGUGUUUCCAUAUACCUGAGAUCUCACUCACUGGCUACAUUGAUAAGUUCUAUAGAAGCUAGCCAUGCUUUUAUACCUUUGUUGAUGAUUCAGACUGGAUAAUAAUGGUGACACAAGAUUUGAAUAAAGGACUGGCAGACAAUCAUAAUAGAUUAGAUACAUAAAAGACAGUGGAAAGGGAGUGGUCAAGGGGAUUCAAGGACAAUAUCCUGGUUUAUCAAUGGACAUGUAUUGAAAGUAAGCUGUACUAUUUUUAGACUAAUUCUGAAGUGAAUAUUCAUCCUUGAGAUAUCUUAUCUUAAUUAUUAGUGGGACUGAAGUAAUUUUUCUUUAUCUACUUUUAGACUGGAGCAACUUUUCUAGCUAAGCUUGUUCCUCUCUAUGACACUAAUUGAAUAGUACACUUAACACACAUCAUAUAACUCAAUAUAUCAUAUUUUUAUUGAAGGUUUUUAUUUACUAAUAAUGUGUAUUUUAUUUUAGUGAUAUAUAGCUGACAAUUCUAUACAUAAAUGUGCAGACAGUGCACAAUAUUUUUAGAGUAUACCAUAUGUAAAACAAUGAAGUGUGAUGGGCUGAGGUAACAUGUCUGUUUUCAGAUAGCAUUGUCUUACUAGCAAAGAUGAAACAAAAAUUCCGAGUGAUGAAUCAUUUCCAUAGGGUGUGCAUGAGAAAGCUGGGAAGUACUAGGAGAGGAAUGUUUGGAUAAAGAAAUUUUUUUCUGCCUCUUUUCAUGAUGCUCUCAGAGGGAAAGUGUAAAAAAGAAAGAGACAGAUAGUAUGACUGUACAUAAGUUAGUCUGCCUUUGGCAGCUUCUUUACUCCUAUCAUCACUGCCGCCUCAUCCCUGGUAGAACACUUUGUGGUUACUGUUGCCUGGUGUUACAGGUCUCAUUGUCAGACUGAUUCAAAGGCCAGGGCAGGGACAUCUUCAUUAGGAUGCUCUUAGGUGAACACCUUCAAGAACACACACACACACACACACACACA